ACCUUUUGUCGUUUCUCACCAAACCAAACUCAGACGCACAUCCACCCACAAUUUGAAGACGCAACCUACCCUUCACAGGUUUGAAAGAAAGCAAGAACCCAUCACCAAGAACCCCACCCAGCCCCAAAAAGCGAAGUGGGCAGCAUUUAAUAUUAAAAUAAUCGGUCCAAAUUUUAAUUGCUGUAACAAAAUUCAGACGCUGUCACGCAGAAAAGCCCACCUAAUUCUAUGAGCGUAUUUAACACCACCAACCACAUGGGUAGGCUCAACUUCUUGCCAUAUUGUGCCUCGUGCCGUUGCCUUCAAGAUCCUUGUUCUUCGCAUUCGGGAUUGAGAUUCUUGCAGUCUUUGUCUGUGUUUUCUCUUAAAGUUCCAAGCUUUCGCUCCUUCCAGUAUCGUUUGUUUUCAUCUGAUACACAUAAUAGUAUACUUAUGGAACUGGUCAAGGCAGUUGCCAAUAGAGGAUCUAUAUCUCCAGAGAGUAUUGCAGUAACAGCUCAUGAAAAAAGUCAUAGUUAUCAUCAGCUGAUCUUAUCUGCUGUGAAGAUAUCUAACUUGUUAACCGGUGCUGAUUUACGCAGUGUCAAGGGCAAUGGAGAAAAUAAACAUCUUGGUGGAGCUAGGGUAGGAAUUGUUGCUAAACCUUCUCCCGAGUUUGUUGCUGGAGUGCUUGGAACAUGGUUCAGUGGAGGUGUUGCAGUCCCCCUCGCACUCAGCUACCCAGAAGCAGAGCUACUGCAUGUGAUGAAUGAUUCGGAUAUCACAAUGAUUUUAAGUACUGAAGAUCAUCAAGAACUAAUGAAAGCCAUCGCAGUCAAAACUUCUGCUCAAAUGUCUCUUCUUCCUUCUGUUCCAAGCGUAAGUACAAAGUCAACUGAACUUGAUCACACAAUAAAUGGAGAGUUAGAUGGCACUAGAUGCUUGCAGGAAACUGAAAUUCCGCAUGAGAUAAGUGGAGAUGAUCCUGCACUGAUCAUAUACACCAGUGGCACUACCGGCAAACCUAAAGGCGUUGUGCACACACAUAAAGGUGUCUUAGCACAGGUUCAAAUGCUGACAGAUGCUUGGGGAUACACGUCUACUGAUCAUUUCUUGCAUUGCCUGCCACUACAUCACGUUCAUGGACUUUUCAAUGCUCUGCUUGCCCCUCUCUACGCGGGUUCGACGGUUGAAUUCAUGCCAAAAUUCAGUGUGAGGGGAAUCUGGCAGAGGUGGCGGGAAUCUUAUCCACAGGAUCAAACUAAAGCAGAUGAUGCUGUAACAGUGUUCACUGGAGUUCCCACAAUGUACACGCGUUUGAUACAAGGGUAUGAAGCUAUGGAUCCAGCAUUACAAACCGCUUCUGCUACAGCUGCUAGGCAGUUGCGUCUCAUGAUGUGUGGCUCCUCUGCUCUCCCUCUUCCAGUUAUGCAAAAGUGGGAAACUAUCACUGGACACGUGCUUCUGGAACGGUAUGGCAUGACUGAGUUUGUCAUGGCAAUAUCUAACCCCCUUAAAGGAAAGCGGAAGGGGGGUACUGUUGGCAAGCCACUUCCUGGAGUGCAGGCCAAGAUUAUUGCAGAAGAUGGCAGUUGUGAUAAUGUGGAGGUUGGUGAGCUUUGCAUUAAAAGCCCGUCAUUGUUCAAGGAAUACUGGAAUCUGCCUGAGGUGACCAAGCAGUCAUUCAUUGAUGGUGGAUUCUUCAAAACUGGGGAUGCUGCUAGAGUGGAUGAAGAUGGAUACUAUGUCAUUUUGGGACGUACUAAUGCUGAUAUUAUGAAGGUUGGUGGUUACAAAUUAUCUGCGCUAGAAAUUGAAGCAGUUCUUUUAGAGCAUCCGACUAUUUCCGAGUGUUGUGUGUUGGGUUUGCCUGACAAAGAUUAUGGGGAAGCUGUGUGUGCAAUAAUUAUACCUAAUCCAGAGAUUAAAAGGAAACGGGAAGAGGAGUUGAAGCCUGCUCUAACUUUGGAAGAACUCUCCAUGUGGGCGAAAGAGAAACUUGCACCGUACAAGAUUCCAAACUGUCUACUGCUGUGGGAGUCACUGCCUCGUAAUGCUAUGGGGAAGGUGAACAAGAAGGAGCUGAAGAAACAGCUAGCUGAUCAGGUGUAAGAUGAUGCAUGGUAGAUACAGAGAGGUAAACUCUUGGUGAUCAAGGAAGAAAUUCUUUUGGUGGGAUUGUGCCCGAUUUAUGUACUUAUGUCAAAGGGAUUGGUCUGGUGGCAUUAUAGGUCGAUAGCAACAUGUUCAUCAUCGUAUCAAUAAAUGGACUCAUUUCCUUUUCCAUUUAGCCUCAGUUUUGUUAA